AAAAGAGAGCAAACUCAAGAGACAUUGGCGCACGCAUACGGGCGAGAAGUCCCAUCAUUGCUUCAUAUGUCAGAAGUCAUUCUCAGAAAAGAGUAACCUCACAGAUCAUAUGCUCACACAUACAGGUGAGAGGCCCCAUAGUUGCAACGUGUGCGAUAAAUCGUUUGCACUAAAGAAUGCCCUCGCAAGACAUCUCCGCAUGCAUACAAACGAUAGGCCAUACCAUUGUAACACGUGCGAUAAAUCAUUUGCACAAAAGAAUGCCCUCAGAAUACAUAUCCGCGUGCAUACAGGCGAAAAGCCAUAUAAUUGCGGAUUUUGCGAUAAAUCAUUUGCACAAAAGGGUGAUCUCGCAAGACAUCUCCACAUGCAUACAGGCGAUAAGCCUUAUAAGUGCGGAUCAUGCGAUAAAUAAUUUGCACGAAAGGAUAACUUCAUAUUACAUAUCCGCAUGCAUACAGGUGAUAAGCCUUACAAGUGCGGAUCGUGUGAUAAAUCAUUUGUACGAAAGGAUAGCUUUAUAUUCCAUAUCCGCAUGCAUACAGGCGAUAAGCCAUAUCAGUGCGGCUCAUGUGAUAAAUCAUUUGCACAAAAAAGUGACCUCACAAGACAUCUCCCCAUGCAUACAGGCGAUAAGCCUUAUCAGUGCCGAUCAUGCGAUAAAUCAUUUGCACGAAAGUAUAGCCUCCUACUACAUAUCAGCAUGCAUACAGGCGAUAAAGCACAUCAGUGCGCAUCAUGCGAUAAAUCAUUUGCGCAAAAAAGUGACCUCACAAGACAUCUCCACACGCAUACAGGUGACAAGGCAUAUCCUUGCGGCUCGUGCGGUAAAUCAUUUGGACGAAAGUAUGACCUUACAAGACAUCCGUGCAUGCACACAGGCGAGAAACCUUAA